CCUCCCAGUAAGUUUUGUGUUCCCUCCCAAUAAGUUUUGUGUUCCCUCCCAAUAAGUUUUGCGGUCCCUCACAAUAAGUUUUGUGUUCCCUCCCAAUAAGUUUUGCGUUCCCUACAAAUAAGUUUUGUGAGUUUUGCGUUCCCUCCCAAUAAGUUUUGCGUUCCUUUGCAAUAAGUUUUGCGUUCCCUUCCAAUAAGUUUUGCGUUCCCUCACAAUAAGUUUUUAGUUCCCUCACAAUAAGUUUUGUGUUCCCUCCCAAUAAGUUUUGCAUUCCCUCACAAUAUGUUUUGUGUUCCCUCCCAAUAAGUUUUGCGGUCCCUCACAAUAAGUUUUGUGUUCCCUCCCAAUAAGUUUUGCGUUCCCUACAAAUACGUUUUGUGAGUUUUGCGUUCCCUCCCAAUAAGUUUUGCGUUCCCUCACAAUAAGUUUUGCGUUCCCUUCCAAUAAUUUUGCGUUCCCUCACAAUAAGUUUUUAGUUCCCUCACAAUAAGUUUUGUGUUCCCUCCCAAUAAGUUUUGCAUUCCCUCACAAUAUGUUUUGUGUUCCCUCCCAAUAAGUUUUGCGUUCCUUUGCAAUACGUUUUGUGUUCCCUCCCAAUAAUUUUUUGUUCCCUCCCAAUAAGUUUUUGUUCCCUCCCAAUACGUUUUUGUUCCCUCCCAAUAAUUUUUUGUUCCCUCCCAAUAAGUUUUGUGUUCCCUCCCAAUAAUUUUUUGUUCCCUCCCAAUAAUUGUUUUUCCCUCCCAAUAUGUUUUUGUUCCCUCCCAAUAAUUUUUUUUUCCCUCCCAAUAAGUUUUGUGUUCCAUCCCAAUAAUAUUUUGUUCCCUCCCAAUAAUUGUUUUUCCCUCCCAAUAAGUUUUUGUUCCCUCCCAAUAAUGUUUUGUUCCCUCCCAAUAAGUUUUUGUUCCCUCCCAAUAAUUUUUUGUUCCCUCCCAAAAAGUUUUUGUUCCCUCCCAAUAAGUUUUUGUUCCCUCCCAAUAAGUUUUUUGUUCCUGCACAAUAAGUUUUGUGUUCCUGCACAAUAAGUUUUUGUUCCCUCCCAAUAAGUUUUGUGUUCCUGCACAAUAAGUUUUUGUUCUCUCCCAAUAAGUUUUUGUUCCCUCACAAUAAGUUCUGUGUUCCUGCACAAUAAGUUUUGAGUUCCCUCCCAAUAAUUUUUUGUUCCUGCACAAUAAGUUUUGUGUUCCCUCCCAAUAAAUUUUUGUUCCUGCACAAUAAGUUUUGUGUUCCCAUAUAAUAAGUUUUGUGUUCCUGCAUAAUAAGUUUUGUGUUCCCGCACAAUAAGUUUUGCGUUCCCGCACAAUAAUUUUGUGUUCCCUCACAAUAAGUUUUGCGUUCCCUCCCAAUAAGUUUUGUGUUCCCUCCCAAUAAGUUUUGCGUUCCCUCACUAUAAGUUUUGUGUUCCCUCCCAAUAAGUUUUGCGUUCCCUCCCAAUAAGUUUUGCAUUCCCUACCAAUAAGUUUUGUGAGUUUUGUGUUCCCUCACAAUAAGUUUUGCGUUCCCUCCCAAUAAGUUUUGUGUUCCCUCCCAAUAAGUUUUGCGUUCCCUCACAAUAAGUUUUGUGUUCCCUCCCGAUAAGUUUUGCGUUCCCUCCAAAUAAGUUUUGUGAGUUUUGCGUUCCCUCCCAAUAAGUUUUGCGUUCCCUCCCAAUAAGUUUUGCGUUCCUUUGCAAUAAGUUUUGCGUUCCCUUCCAAUAAGUUUUGCGUUCCCUCACAAUAAGUUUUGAGUUCCCUCACAAUAAGUUUUGUGUUCCCUCCCAAUAAGUUUUGCUUUCCCUCAUAAUAAGUUUUGUGUUCCCUCCCAAUAAGUUUUGCGUUCCUUUGCAAUACGUUUUGUGUUCCCUCCCAAUAAUUUUUUGUUCCCUCCCAAUAAGUUUUUGUUCCCUCCCAAUACAUUUUUGUUCCCUCCCAAUAAUUUUUUGUUCCCUCCCAAUAAGUUUUGCAUUCCCUCCAAAUAAGUUUUGUGAGUUUUGUGUUCCCUCACAAUAAGUUUUGCGUUCCCUCACAAUAUGUUUUGUGUUCCCUCACAAUAAGUUUUGUGUUCCCUCCCAAUAAGUUUUUCGUUCCCUCACAAUAAGUUUUGUGUUCCCUCCCAAUAAGUUUUGCGUUCCCUCACAAUAAGUUUUGUGUUCCCUCCCAAUAAGUUUUGCAUUCCCUACCAAUAAGUUUUGUGAGUUUUGUGUUCCCUCACAAUAAGUUUUGUGUUCCCUCACAAUAAGUUUUGCGUUCCCUCCCAAUAAGUUUUGUGUUCCCUCCCAAUAAGUUUUGCGUUCCUUCACAAUAAGUUUUGUGUUCCCUCCCAAUAAGUUUUGCGUUCCCUCCAAAUAAGUUUUGUGAGUUUUGCGUUCCCUCCCAAUAAGUUUUGCGUUCCCUCACAAUAAGUUUUGAGUUCCCUCACAAUAAGUUUUGUGUUCCCUCCCAAUAAGUUUUGCAUUCCCUCACAAUAAGUUUUGUGUUCCCUCCCAAUAAGUUUUGCAUUCCCUCAUAAUAAGUUUUGUGUUCCCUCCCAAUAAGUUUUGCGUUCCUUUGCAAUACAUUUUGUGUUCCCUCCCAAUAAUUUUUUGUUCCCUCCCAAUAAGUUUUUGUUCCCUCCCAAUACGUUUUUGUUCCCUCCCAAUAAUUUUUUGUUCCCUCCCAAUAAGUUUUGUGUUCCCUCUCAAUAAUUUUUUGUUCCCUCCCAAUAAUUGUUUUUCCCUCCCAAUAAGUUUUUGUUCCCUCCCAAUAAUUUUUUGUUCCCUCCCAAUAAGUUUUGUGUUCCAUCCUAAUAAUAUUUUGUUCCCUCCCAAUAAUUUUUUGUUCCCUCCCAAUAAUUGUUUUUCCCUCCCAAUAAGUUUUUGUUCCCUCCCAAUAAUGUUUUGUUCCCUCCUAAUAAUUUUUUGUUCCCUCCCAAUAAUUUUUUGUUCCCUCCCAAAAAGUUUUUGUUCCCUCCCAAUAAGUUUUUGUUCCCUCCCAAUAAGUUUUUGUUCCCUCCCAAUAAGUUUUGUGUUCCCUCCCAAUACGUUUUGUGUUCCUGCACAAUACGUUUUGUGUUCCUGCACAAUAAGUUUUUGUUCCCUCCCAAUAAGUUUUUGUUCCCUCCCAAUAAGUUUUGUGUUCCUGCACAAUAAGUUUUUGUUCUCUCCCAAUAAGUUUUUGUUCCCUCCCAAUAAGUUCUGUGUUCCUGCACAAUAAGUUUUGUGUUCCCUCCCAAUAAAUUUUUGUUCCUGCACAAUAAGUUUUGUGUUCCCGUAUAAGUUUUGUGUUCCUGCAUAAUAAGUUUUGUGUUCCUGUACAAUAAGUUUUGUGUUCCCGCACAAUAAGUUUUGCGUUCCCGCACAAUAAUUUUGUGUUGAACACAUCUCCUUUUGUGUUCCACAGUUAAAAGAAAGUCAUACAGGUUUGGAGUGACAUGAAGGUGUAUAAAUGAUGACAGAAUUUUCCUAUUUGGCUGAACUUCCCCUUUAAGUGUGAAGUCUGUUUCCGCAUGACUGUUAAUGACGCUUCAGUUCUAUAUUUAGGUGUGAGUUUAUUGCUGUUGUAUUUGAGUUGACGGGUUUGGAAAGGUGAUGCUGUUGGUUUCUGGAGUGUUUACUGUCACAGGUCCAGAGCAAAUACCUCAAUAGCACAACUCACAAACACAAACUCUUGUUUCAGUCUGCACGUGUAAGUGGAGGAAUAUUGCGGGUUCAGUACAAGUGAAGCUCAAUCAACAGCAUUCGGACAUAAUUACACAGACCUUUUUACAUGUAAAUUAGAAUUCAUGACAGUAAUAGUCAUUAUUAUGGUUAUAUUCUCAAUGUUUGACUGUAUUUUCUGCAUUAAACAGCAGCUGCUCAGCUGCAUCAGUGCUGCAGACACACACACUUCAUGAUGUUGUAGAUUCUGCAGUUAAUCAACAUAAGGUCAGAUCUGAUCUGUGAGCUGAUAUCUGUUUCCUCAUUUGACUUCCUGUGUGCACAUUGCUGUGUGUCUGGCACAAUACUUCAUCUGCGCUCUAACAGGAUGUAAUUUACGACACCUGGUCAGGAUUGGGCUGAAUAUAAAAAACAUUUUCAGGUUUCAAAGUAAUUUUAUGGUAAAAUACUGUAAACAAAUACAAAAAGAAGUUAAAAUGCUACUGUGAAAACUAUUAUUGGUUCACCGAUAGCAACUGAACCAUGUACUGUACAGGGAAAAAAAUAUAUAUUUUAUUUAACAAGACAGUACAUGUAAUUUUACGGUAAAACAUUGUUAAAAAAUAUAAGAAAUUUAAAAAGUAAAAAUGCUACUGUAAAAACUAUUAUUUGUUAACUCGGAGCUACUGGACCAUGUUCCGUACAGGAAAAAAAUAUAUUUUAUUUAACAAGACAGUACAUGUAAUUUUACGGUAAAACAUUGUUAAAAAAUAUAAGAAAUUUAAAAAGUAAAAAUGCUACUGUAAAAACUAUUAUUUGUUAACUCGGAGCUACUGGACCAUGUUCCGUACAGGAAAAAAAUAUAUUUUAUUUAACAAGACAGUACAUGUAAUUUUACGGUAAAAUACUGUAAACAAGUAAUUUUUUAAAAAUGCUACUGUAAAAACUGUUAUUGGUUCACUGGGAGCUACUGGACCAUAUACUGUACAGGACAAAAAUAUAUUUUACUUAACAUAUUUUAUUUAAGUACAUAUUUAAGUUACUGUAAACAAAUAAAUAAAAUAUUGAAUUAGAUUUAAGGCAAUUCAUGCUCUUUUAUGGUGAAAUAUUGUAACAAACAAUACAAAAUGUGUUUUUAAGAAGUAAAAAUGUAUGAAUAAAUUACAGUUAAUGGUGAAAAUGUACUUAUUGUUAACUAUACAGUAAAUUAAACCAGUAACAUGGUGGUUGUAAUAUAUAUAUAAUAAUCGGGUGUCCCCAGAAGUCCCUGUGUGGUCAUCUCAUUAAUGCUCUGUAAAUCUGCUUUGAGACUGUGUUGUGAAAUCAUAUUUUAUGUGUAUAUUAAAUGUAUAUUUGUUCUGAUUGUUUGUGUCAGUUGUGUACAUUGUGGUGUUAUUUGUUACAUUGAUGUUGUUUAGUUAAUGUUUAUUGUAUUGUGUUAGUGUCAUGGCCCACAGGUGUUAACCUGAUGGCACAUACAGUUGAUUGGCAUAUUAACAUUAGCAUCCUAAUAUUGAUUUACUAUUCAUACAGUUAAAAACUGCUGUGGCAGCUGCGGUCUCACAUUCAUUUCUGUGAAACUAAAAUGUUGAAAGAACUGUCAUAAACUCCUCUGUAGGGCUUGUGAACGCACGGGCACUUUUAUACUCGCUAAUUCUAACCUUGCAUACCAUUUAGGAGAGACAGUAUGUGAUUUAGCCAUGUUGCAGCCUGUGUUUUGUGUGAUAUCAGAUGGUGGGUGGAGUGUGGAAUGCUGGGAGCUGUGUGGGCAGGAAGAGAAUCUCAAAGGCAGUCGUGAUUGGCUGAAAUGGAAAGUGGGCGGAGAACUGAAUGAAUGAGUCCAGUGUUGACUGAAGAAACACAGCGUGUGCUAGUGUACACAUUUACAUGUGUUUGUGUGUCAUGAGGGAAUACACACGCAUCCAGAGACAUGUAAACUGUCCUACAGGCCUCCAGAGAUCAUGGGACUGUCCACUGAUACGAGCGCCGCCUUGGAGACUGCAGGAGAGGUUUUGAGAUUACGGCUUUGACUGGUUAAACGGGUGGAUCUUUACCCCAGAUUACGGCAAUCAUCGCGCCACUCAAGGAAUCUUUGGAUUGGCACAAUAGGGCGGAUUACUGUUCUGAGGGGACAGAGGUCUCGUGAUGGACAUUAUGGAGCAUUUCCUGUGGACUCUCCAAGAUCAGGAUCUGUGUUGGGGGAGUGACUACUGAAAAUUAGCGGCAUUACUAACUGAACUACAUAUUUAGUAGCAUGACCGUAACUCAGUAACAAGAUACUGAUUCACUGAUUGAGUCGUGACUCUGGAUCCCCCGGAUGUUUCAGACGGAGGUCACAGGAAACGAUUACAUGAUUGCGCUACCUGCCGGUGCAUGAAGGCAACGGCUUACGUCUUUGUGGCUAUUUGUGCUUGAUAUGCAUGUACGUGACUUGGCUAUUCCCCAACAUGCUUGUCAGUGUAAGAAAGAUGGUGUCCUUUUUUGAGAGUAAAAAACAGCCUCGUCCCCUGUCUCUUCCUCCAUCUGUGUCACUGGCUGUAUCUCAUACACCAGUUCCUGAUCAAACCCAAAGGGAGAAUCAGAAGUCUAAGUCAGCCUCCCCAAACCCGCCUUCACAUGCCUCUGAGCCACACCUACCUCAUUCUUCAAGUCCCGCCCCCAACACCAGGUCUAGACCUGCCCCUGUCCCAUACCACCCUUGGCCACACCUCCAUCCCGGAGAGCGAACGAGAGCAAGCGUUACUCUAAGAGAAAAUGUCCGGGUCCGAAGAAUUGCGCAAGCAAGGGUACGCGAUUCUUGGCCAACAGGCAAGCUUGAGUACUACACGAAGACCGGUCGCUUAGCUGUGUCCAUGGAAAACAAAGAGCCAAUUAUUAGCAGGAGCAUACCUCAGACAUUUUCCAGAAACAACCCAAGAGACGCCGCAACUUGGUGCACUGCGGAGCUUCGAAGGUCCUCUACUCCGAGACAAGACAGAUUGAAACCCACCCUCGGCACGACGACAGUCGUCUCCACUUCAGAAACUUCCACCACCUCCAGAACAACGCACACCGUUGGCUGCCCCUCAGAAAGCAACCCUUGUUCCACUCUAGAGUCCUCUGGGGGGUCUUCCAGGAGUGCAUCCAGUGGGACUAGCCUCACUGUAGGGGUCAACAAUGGCGCCACUGCUACUUUAGCAUUAGGGAAUGCCGUGCAGUUAAAAUCUAAAAGUGAUGCUGCUAGUUGUGUAAACUUAGCCUGGUCCGUUGCAGACACUGCGCCUCUUGCUGGCCGCGCUCACACACAACGCUCAGGGGAACAUCCCAGAACUGGCCAUGUUGGUUCUUCUUCCAGUUCCGACCAGAGAAUUCAGAGUCCAGUGUGCUUGAGCUGUCCCAAUCCAGACUGGAUCUCAAUGACUUCUGGAACCGCAUGCACGAGAGCAGAAAGGGGAGGGGCUAUUACUCACAAACAAAGACUCCGCCCUUCUGACUCCGCCCUCCUGUCACUUCUGCUUUUGUUCCACAGUGGAACCAACAGCAGCAUGAUUGCCAUCGAUAACAAGAUAGAACAAGCUAUGGACCUGGUGAAGUCUCACCUCAUGUUGGCGGUGCGAGAGGAAGUAGAGGUGCUGAGAGAUCAAAUUAAAGAGCUGUCUGAGAGAAACGCUCAGUUAGAGAGAGAGAACUACAUCCUGCGAGCGCUCCGGGACAGAGACUGACACCCCACUGCAUCAUGGGAGAUGUAGUUUAAUCUGAUACGUGUCCAGAUAAAAGGGAAAGAAACAUUGUUAUAGUGUGGAUACAAAUUAAAUGAGAUGAGACAAAGUGUGUGUUUGUGCGUGCGUGCGUGAGUGUGAGUGAGUGAGUGAGUGUGAGUGAGUGUGUGUGUGUGUGUGUGUGCGUGAGUGUGAGUGAGUGUGUUUGUGUGUGUGUGUGUGUGUGUGCAGUAUUGAUUCAUUAUUAGUGCCUUAAACAUCUGUAAUGACUGAUAUUGUUACUUGCACGGUCUAAUUAACAGACUGCAAAAUAAUUCAAUUAUGUUGAUAAUAAUGCUUUAAAUAGUGCCUAAUUAUUCCCAUCAAAGUGUGUGUAUAUGUGUGAGUGUGUGUGUGAGUGUGUGUAUAUGUGUGAGUGUGUGUGUGAGUGUAGUGUGUGUGUGUGUGUGUGUGUGUAUGUGUGUGUGAGUGUAGUGUGUAUGUGUGUGUGAGUGUGUGUGUGUGUCCUAAAGCACUGCUCGGCUCGGCAUCCAUAAGCUGUUUAUGUUGCCAUGGUUACACAUAAGCCAGCGACUGGUAAAUGCAAAGACUGUCACACAUUUCAGAUGUAGUUUAGUGUUUGACUCUCUGUGAAAUGAUGGUUUAAUCUGUAACUGCUCUAAUAAAUCACUGUUACUGCU